AUGGGAGAGCCAUUACCAGAUGUUUCAAAGCACAAAGUUAUUAUUAUUGGUGCUGGCAUAGCAGGUCUUGCGGCAGCCACACAUUUAUCACAACACAAUAUGAAUGAUUUUAUUGUGUUGGAAGCACAGAAUCGUAUUGGUGGUCGAAUAUGCUCUUCUAAAAUAAAUGAUCAACAAGUCGAACUUGGGGCUCAUUGGAUUCAUGGGGUCCUAGGUAAUCCUAUGUAUGAAUUAGCCUUGGCUAAUGGUCUAGUGGAUAUUACUCACCGUCCGAAAUUACCCAGUAUUAUAGCAGCCGCAACGGAUGGAACAAAAGUUCCAAUUCAGUUAUUACAAGAAACAUAUGAAGCGUAUAUGUGUUUUUUGCGGCGUUGUGAAGAUUACUUUACUGGCGCAUUUGAUCCACCACCCGGGAUUCACAGUGUUGGAGAACAUGUGCAGCUCGAAAUCGCAAUUUAUUUGGAUAAAGUACAAAAUAACAAUGUCCGUAAAUUACAGCGAUUGAUUUUCAAUUGUCUACUGAAGCGAGAAACUUGUAUUACUGGAUGUAACAAUAUGUUUGAUAUUGAUUUAGUUGAGUUAGGUAGUUACAAAGAACUCCAGGGUGGUAAUAUUGCGCUGCCCGGUGGGUAUAGCAGUAUUUUAGAUCCUAUUCAUAAUAAGUUACCACCGGACUGUAUAAAAUUAAAUUCUCAAGUGACAAAAAUCAAAUGGCCAUCAGGCAUUGACAACGGUACAGAUUCUGAAGAUUCUGAUAAGACUGUUAUUGAAGUAGGCGGUGAGGAUGUCACCAAUGAAACCGUGUACGUUCAUUGUGAUGAAAAGAUUUAUGAAGCUGACAGUAUUAUAUGCACACUGCCAUUGGGUAUACUCAAGUCCAAUGACAUUUUCUGUCCAAAACUACCAAAGUACAAAGAAAAAUCUAUUGGUAGACUGUUGUAUGGUGUAGUGGAUAAAAUUUUUUUGUAUUACGAUCGGCCGUUUUUGAGUGCCGAUACGGAUGAGAUACUUUUACUAUGGGACAAUGAUGAAAUAGGGGAUUGGAGUGAAAAGAUAUAUAGUUUUUCAAAAGUAAAUGAUACACUAUUGCUUGGUUGGUUAUCUGGUAAUGAAGCUGAAAUCAUGGAGAAAUUGGAUGAUAAAAUAAUUGGAGAUAAGUGUACAGAUAUAUUGAGACGUUUUCUGAAUGAUCCUUGUAUACCAUAUCCAUCUAAAUGUAUGUGCACUCGAUGGAAAUCAAACGAAUUCAGUCUCGGUUCAUACACUGCUAUUGGAGUUGGCUCUAGUCAGUUAGACAUCGAACACAUUGCGAGACCAAUGCAUGUAAAUAAUAAUACAAUUCCUAUCAUAACGUUUGCUGGGGAACAUACCCAUCCAAAUUUUUACUCGACUGUUCAUGGAGCAUAUUUGUCUGGGCGUGCAGCUGCUGAAAUGUUGAUUGUGUGUAAACGUGAAGACGAACCACUCAAUACUACAGUCGCUGACCUAGGUUCAUGGAUACAAGGCUUACCACUAGCGUAG